UUCUCUAUACGCUCCCGACCGUUCGCGCCCAUCACACCCGUUCCGCCGAGCGUUCCCGUAGGACGGCAUCGCGCCCCACUACAUCCCUCGGACACAGUGACGGUGUUUUUCGUUGACCACUGCCGAAAACGAAGAUAAAAAUUAUUAUUGUUUUCACAUUUCUCUCGAUCCGGCACGCACCGUUUUACCAUUACGCGGUGUCAUUACAAUAUUAUAACAUUACGCUCUGUCCGUCCGUCGCGUUUGCGUCGUCACGCUGGUUGCCUGGUUUUCCGUUACUCCGAGCGGCAGGCGCGCCGAACAUUUCCAAACAGGAUCGACGUCGUUUCUGGUUGACAUGUCGGGCCCGACUCUCAAGAGACCUUCGGCGCUGCCGUUAUCUGUAUUGAUGUUUGUCACGCUGUUGUUUCAAGUGACAAUGAUUAGCGUUUCUGGCCAAGAGGACGUAUCAUCAACGACAAGCAUUGAUGACGUAAUUUCGGAAGUGUUUCCACCACCAUCAUCAACGACAAAUAUUGAUGUAGUAAUUGAUAAAUUGUUUCCACUACCAGCGGAUCAAUGUGUAUGUGUACCAUAUUAUUUGUGCAAAAACAACACGAUUAAUACAGAUGGUGAAGGAUUAAUAGACAUUAGGUUUAAAGAAGGCCCAUGUCCUGACUACUUGAAGGUGUGCUGCCGGGAACCUAUGAAAUCGUCAGAGACUACAAAUAUUUCUUACGAAGAAAAGCGCACGACCUGUGGCCAUCGGAAUCCUUCUGGUGUAGGAUUCAGAAUAACUGGACACUACCACAACGAAGCGCAAUUUGGCGAGUUCCCCUGGAUGGUGGCGAUCCUCAAAUUACAUUCAUACAACCAAUCGAAAACUUACCUGUGCGGUGGUUCAUUGAUUCACCCACAAGUCGUGUUGACUGCAGUCCAUUGCAUACACGGCAAAGACCCAAACGAAUUAGUAAUUCGUGCUGGUGAAUGGGAUACACAAACGGAAAACGAACUGUUACCGUCACAAGACGGUCAGGUUUUGAAAAUAAUCAAACACGAACAAUAUUACGGUGGUGCACUUUACAACGACGUGGCACUGAUCAUUAUCACCCAGCCGUUCAUACUCAGAGAAAAUGUGGGUACACUCUGUUUGCCUAGCCAGAGUUACGUGUUUUCUAAAGAAAGAUGCAUUGCUAGUGGUUGGGGCAAAAAUGUAUUCGGUAAAACCGGCGAGUAUCAAGUCAUUUUGAAAAGCAUAGAUUUGCCGAUCGUACCAUAUGAUCCAUGCUUGGAACUGUUAAGAAAAACCAGGUUGGGAAUGAAAUACAAAUUGCAUGAAAGUUUCAUUUGUGCCGGCGGGGAAAAAGGCAGAGAUACUUGCCAGGGCGAUGGCGGUAGUCCUCUGGCGUGUCCACUUGAUAAUAAUCCCGAACAGUAUCAACAGGCUGGAAUAGUAGCAUGGGGAAUCGGAUGCGGAGACGAGACACCCGGAAUAUACGUGAACGUGGCUCUGUUCAGAAACUGGAUCGAUGAGCAGAUGGCUAAGGAGAAUUUCGAAACGAGCUACUAUGAUCCGAGCUUCAAACCGGGGAAUUAAAUUGUCUCUAUGUCUCUCUCCUUUACAGACACUCAUAUAACCUCCCGCUCUCAUUCUCUCUCGACUUUUUAUAUCUUCUCUGCCACCACGCAACCCGUCGAAUGAAGCUAAGAUUGACUAUAGAGUACAAUCGUGUUGGAGUAAAUCGAUGUGUCAAGUGUAUUUUUCAUUAGCAUCAUUAUUAUAAUUAUUACAAUUACUUAUUAUACUAUACCGAACAAAAAAUGUCGUAUAAUGACUUGUAAUUCGCGCAUGAUCUAUUUGAAAUUGUAAUAUGUAAUUAAUUGUACAUCCGUAGAAACCCGAUUUUAGAAAAUAAAACAAGUAAAUCGCAAUAUAAUAUUAUAAUUAUUUUAAACACUAUACCUUUCAAAAUAGUCAAAAAUCUAAUUAGAAUACUCUGCCGCAAGACUCUGCAGUUUUGAUAGGCCUCAUUCAUUUAAUAUAAGAUAUUGUGUGCCCUAUAUAAUCCAUUUGUAUACAUGGCACAAUAUUGAUAUUGACAUGUAUAGUAGUUAUCACUUUAUCCGUUAGACGUUAAUAUGAUUCGGUCUGAUAUUUAGAAAAUAAUAAAUUAUCCACAGUUAUAUUAUUAUUUCUAUUGAGUUAAAAAUAAGUAGUACCUAAGGUUGCAUAAUUUAAAUUUAUAACGUAUUUAUAUUGUAUUAAUUAUUAUAUUUAUGUGAAAUAACAUUUGAACGUGAAACUACAAACUACCUAUACGCUAAAAUUACCUAUGUCGUAAGGUUUAGUCUAAAUAUGAAGUUAUAAAUACUUAAUUACUCUUUGAUUUUAUAUUGUACUAUUCGUCGUUUAUAAGAGAAACUAUGAAAUAUUAAAAAUAUUAAUAUCACUAAC